AUUUGUUCGGAGUAACAGAAGGUGAUAAGAAGCAGCUCCGAUUCUGCCAUUAACGAAACUCUUCUCCAUCAAAGGCGAAAAAUCGAGAGUGAGUACAAGUAUGAACUUGACAAAAGACGUAAGAGAGGAAGAAAACACACCCGAUUUACAAUCCGAACAAGAAACUCGAACACCAAACAAUUGCCAAGAGUUGUACCUUCGUAACAAUAUCCACAGUCUUCAUAGUACAAUCCCGAAGCAUAUCACAACCGUAGACGAAAAGUACAUUCUCCACUGCCUUCAGCUGAUACGUAACUGCGCACUAAGAGCGGCCGCUCAAGAUUUCGCGUCAAAAGUGCACGUUUUAUCAAAUGAUGUCAGCGUUUUAGCCGAAGGUGACAUGACUAGGUUAGCUAUCGAAUGUCCGAAUUCGAGUGAUGACUUGGCUAGGUUAACUAUAGGCAGCGUUACCUCUAGCCAGAGCAUGAUGAACAUAUUGAAUAGCCCUUUACUCCAACAGACUCGCCCCGUAGAUUUCUUCGAGCCCAUUUAUUCUCGUAAGAAUUCUGCACCCGGGCAGCAUAAAAGGGCUGCCUCGAUAUCGAGCACAAACUCGAGUUUUUCAGACAAGUCGUCUUCCUCGGCAUCUAAUACCUCGUACCAAGCAAUGAUGCAGUGCACGUGGAGAGACGGGCUGCCGCAUCAUGUUUUCAGCGUGGACGAUAAACGGGAAUCCUAUGUGGCGAAUUUGGAGCCGUCGGGCGAUAAAAUUUUUGAUUACGUCUACACUUUCCAUUCGAGAAAGAAAGAACACGAAAUUCAAGAACUCGAGUCGGAAAAUCUUGGCACAAUGAGAGUGUCCACUUCGAUCACGUUGUGUUCGAAUAAUAUGGAAGUGAGAGAGACGAAUUUUGUUCUGUCUCUUUCGAGCGACGAAAAUCCCACGAAAGAUCAGCUGCAAAAUUCGAAUCUUGCCCUAAAGAAGAACAAGAGAUUAUUGACAAGAAAGGUGGCAAAUGUUUUUAGGUCAAAUUACAAAAAAAGACCCUCUUCGAAGUUUACGGGAUCGAGUGCUAUUCUAGAAGAUUCUCCAUGGGAACCUUCCGGAAACGAGGACAACAACAACACUGCCGAUGAACAGAGAGAAUAUUCUUCGCCGAAUCUUGAAUUGGCCGCGGUAAUUGUGAAGGACGUACGCAAGAAUCCUGAAAUCGGAGGAUGGGGGUUGAAAUUCUUGAAAAAAACAGGGGCAAAUGCGUCUUUAGAAGCAUCCGCACGUGGGCUUCCGGAAUGUUCUAGAAGUAAGGGCGAAUGCUCGACGAGCAUGGAUGUUUUAAUACCUGCAGGACUUCACGGUGGGCCCCGAGCAAGGGGGGCCGCUGGCCCCUCGAGCCUUACCGAGAGGUGGAUUUCCGGUGGGCAAUGCGAUUGUGGUGGAUGGGAUAUCGGCUGCCCACUAACAAUUCUCAAAACAAAAUCGAGCAGUACAGAUUCUUCGUUUUCUGCUGAUAGUUCGGAGGAAUGCAAAUCAAUUGAUCUCUUUAUUCAGGGUUCAAAAGAAGAAGAUGUGGCAAUGUUGAAGAUGGUGAAGAUACACGAGGGUUUGUACUAUAUCCACUUCCAAUCGACUCUCUCGAGUUUGCAGUCUUUCGCAAUUGCUGCUGCGAUUUUUCAUUCUCGUAGUCCGCUUCUUCGACCGAAAAAUAUACAGUAGUCCAAUUAAAUUAGUGUGUAUAAAAAAGAUAAAAAAAAAAAAAAAAAAAAAAAAAAAAGAAAUCUAGGACAUGAAAUUUAUAUAAGUUAAGGUUCAUGAUUUUUUUUUUUUAAUAACAUGUAUCAUGUUGGCUUUUUCAGGCAUGUUAUUUAUUCUGUUUGUUAUAUAUAUAUAAAUCUUUUUGAAGGAGGCAAAUAAGUUAUUGAAAUCCUUUAAUGAAACUUGAGCUGCAAAUAUUCUUGUUUGUUUUUUUUGUGCAC